AUGGUGAAAAAGAAGCCGAGCAUGGGUCGCCAAAAGAUUCCGAUAGCUAAAAUACCCAAGAAAAAUCAUCUGCAAGUAACGUUCUCGAAACGUCGUUCAGGACUCUUCAAGAAGGCAAGCGAGCUUUGCACGCUUUGUGGGGUUGAGAUUGCCAUCCUUGUCUUCUCCCCAGCAGAAAAGGUAUUCUCCUUUGGCCACCCUGACGUUGAAUCCAUUCUCGACAGAUAUCUUACUCGAAACCAUCUACCGGCGCCGGAUCAGUCUGGUGCUCAACAACUCGUUGAUGCUCAUCGAAAUGCCAACGUUCGGGAUCUCAACGCACGCCUGACUCAAGUCCUGAACCAAUUGGAAGCCGAGAAAAAGCUGGGAGAAUCUCUCCAUCAAAUGAGGAAAGCUAGCCAAAAGCAGUUCUGGUGGGAAGCCCCCAUCAAUGAGCUUGGAUUGCAUGAGCUGGAGCAACUGAAGGUUUCCAUGGAGGAGCUGAAGAAGAACGUGGCAAAACAAACCAACAAGAUAUCAUCCAUUGCCGGCGCCUCUUCUACUCUUUAUUCUUCCCCAGCCUUGUAUGGGGUGAAUCAAUAUGAUCACAUAGGAGGAAGUGCUGGGUUUUUUGAAAGCAAACCAACUGGGUUUGUUAAUAAUAUUGCUAGUACUUCCACAAUGCCUAAUCAUCAUGUCUAUAACUUGGGUUACGGACAUGGCCUUUUCUGA